CAGCUGGGAGUGAUGGGUUUGUAGAUGAAUUGUGACAGUACAAAUGUCACAGCACAGGACAGGCAGAGCUGUGAUUGGACAAGCAGCCAGCAGCAAUGCUAUUUAUCCAGAGUCUCUAGCACAGGACGCUGGCUAGAGGUGAGAGGCCAGAGUCAGAAAGACACUUCCAAAGCAAGCUCCCCAAGGAAAAUGGGCACCCAGGGAAAAGUGAUCAGAUGCAAAGCUGCUGUGCUCUGGAAGCCUGGGACCCCACUUGCCAUUGAGGAGAUAGAAGUGGCCCCACCAAAAGCAAAGGAAGUUCGAAUAAAGAUUGUGGCCACAGGAAUCUGUGGUACCGAUAUAAAAAAUGUGGACAGAGAAUACUUUUCUCAGUUUUGCCCCAUCAUUAUGGGCCAUGAAGGCGUUGGGAUAGUUGAGAGUGUUGGGGAAGACGUAAGCACGGUAAGAACAGGUGAUAAAGUUAUCAUAUUAUGUAUUCCACAGUGUGGAGAAUGUGAUACUUGCCUGAAUUCCAAGAACAACAUUUGUACAGAAAUUAGACUGGCAGAAACACAUCUGACAUCUGAAGGCACCAGCAGAAUUACCUGCAAUGGGAAGUUAGUGCGGCAAUAUGCUACUCUGGGCACCUUGUCUGAAUACACAGUCCUAAGGGAAAUCUCAGUUGCCAAGGUUGACGAAGGUGCUCCCCUGGAGAAAGUGUGCAUAAUUGGCUGUGGGUUUGCCACUGGAUAUGGAGCUGCAAUCAACUCUGCCAAGGUGACCCCAGGCUCUACCUGUGCCGUGUUUGGCCUCGGAGGUGUCGGUCUGGCUGUCAUCAUUGGCUGUAAAGCAGCAGGAGCAGCCAGGAUCAUUGCUGUGGACAUCAACAAGGACAAGUUUGCCAAGGCCAGGACGGUGGGUGCCACUCACUGCAUAGACCCACGGGACUUGGAGAAACCCAUUGAGGAAUUUUUAUUUGAUAUGCUGAAUGGUGGCGCAGACUUCUGCUUUGAAGUCACUGGAAACAAAGAAACAGUGGCAACUGCCCUGGGCUCCUGCCACAAAGACCACGGGGUCUGCAUAAUUAUUGGAUUAAUAGGAUAUUGGAGUUCAAUCAACAUCAGUAGCCAGUUGUUCUUCUCAGGACGUACUCUGAAAGCUUCUGUUUUGGGAGGGUUCCAGUCUCUCCUGGCCUAGAGACCAUGAGGAGCCAUCCUAAGGUCUACUUCACAUACCACGAAUGCGAUGGGCCCAGGAAGGCAGCAGUGUAACAGCCAGGGUCCAGAGCUGAGGAGGACAAUUUGUGACUUUUCUCCCCGAGAAGCAUGUGUGGCACUUCCAACACUGAAAACUAACCAGCAAGGAGGAAACUUCAAGUCCAGCUCCAGCACGGUUUCUCUAAGUUCUACCAAGUGUGGAAUGUCUUCAGCAAUAAGGAAGAGACUUUUUAAAAGUUAUUCCCACUCUUCCUUCAGAGGCCAAACCUGGCCUCUCACUGAAAAUGGUUCAUUGUGAAAUCAUUGCAGAGCUCACUCGUUCAACUCAGGAGCCAGCUUGUAGAACGAGAGCAGGCCAAGCCCUGUUGUUAGGCAGGCAUCGUGUACACGAUUUCAACAAAGCACAUGUGGUCCUUACUGUCAUAAAGCUUUCAGUCUCAUGAGAAUAACUGAUCAUGAAUGCAUGCACACAGAAAGUGUUCACCACAAAACGCAAUAAACAUUCUAGAAACAAGAACUUCAAAGUGGACUUAAUGUGUACUGAAAGACAGAUUUUAAAUACUGCAGUGAAUUUAGAUACCAAUUAAGUACUGUGUGCAUAGAAGGCCUUGAACACAGGUUUGCCUCCACAGCCAGUCUUCUUGUGUGUUCUAAUAGCUGUCCUUUGUUUCUUAACAUUAGCAGGCUGCAAACAUGUUUGAGGUAUAAGUACUCAUUUUAUGUUUCAUUAAUAGUAACAAGAUUCAUGCGAUAUUUAGCAAUUGUGUACCUCUUUUUAUGGACUUCAAGACUAUGGCCUUUUCCUAUGUGCUUCUCCUGAAAGCACAGCUCCUGGUGGUGACCCUGCUUCCAGGCAGCUCAGAUGCAUCUGUCCGUGUAGCUUGCUGUGGCCUGCAAUAAGCAAAGAGUCUGUGCUGUUUGUCAGGGUGACAGAAUUCUUGUACUGGCUAGUUUUGUGUCAACUUG